ACAAGUGUAUGUGUGCAUGAUAAGCAGUGAUACGUCACGAGUGAAUUGACAGUUUAAUUAAUCGUGCCACGAUACCAAGCAGCGUAUGGAAAGGUUAUAACAAUUUUUCAGAAUUUUGUAAAAAAAUUAUUGUUUAUGCCACGAUGAUAUAGGGAAAAAAUUUUACAUCUUUCAUGAUAUAUCUAUAUAUCAAAAUUAAAAUAGAACUAAGAUUGAAGAGAUAAUUGUUUAUGAAAUAUCAUGUUGGGUAAUUCUACUGCCAUUCAACGUCCAAAGGAUCAAGCUCCUAUCAAUGGUGCUCAGAAAGGUAGAAAGGACGUAUCCACUCUGAUGGAACGCAGUUCGAGUCAUCCAGAUAAUGUUUUGCUCCAGAAUCUGGAUCCAGAUCAUUUAACGCUCUGGCAACAUCCAAUUACUACAUUACAUUAUUUCUUUAGCGAAGUGUUCAUUAAUCUACUUACUUUAGUGAAGAAAACAUUGCUGUACAAACGAACUGUAUUUACUAUAAUUUCCAUUGUAAUACUAUUUCUUCUGUCAGCCCGAUUAUCUGGCCCGCAACAAGAGAUUUUCAAGUUAUGGGAGGCCAAGAUUUUGUGGUGGUUGUAUUGGGUAGGGCUAGGUGUAUUAUCAAGUGUAGGUCUUGGAACGGGUUUGCAUACCUUUGUGUUAUACUUAGGGCCACAUAUAGCGGCUGUCACUAUGGCAGCAUACGAAUGUGGUGCUCUGAAUUUUCCUGAACCACCAUAUCCUGACCAAAUAGUGUGUCCAACGAAAAUUGACCCAGUGUGGGCAGUAGGUAUUUUAAAUAUUAUGAAAAAAGUACGUGUGGAAGCCAUGUUAUGGGGAGCUGGUACCGCACUAGGCGAGUUACCGCCAUACUUUAUGGCUAGAGCUGCAAGGAUAAGUGGACAAAACAGUAAAAAUAAAAACCAAGAUCUAAAAGAAUUGGAAGCUUUGGAGGAGUUUGAAAAUGAGGAAAAUGUAUCUCUUGUAAUGCGUAUCAAGUUAUCUAUGAAGCACUUUGUCGAGAAGGCUGGGUUCUGGGGCAUAUUAGCUUGUGCAUCGAUUCCUAAUCCACUGUUUGACUUGGCUGGUUUGACGUGUGGACAUUAUCUCAUUCCAUUCUGGACGUUUUUUGGUGCGACAUUGAUAGGAAAAGCUGUCAUCAAAAUGCAUAUACAACAAUUAGCAGUAAUAAUUACGUUCAAUGAGGAACUUUUAGAUAAAUUUAUUAGCUUAUUAGCGGUCAUACCAUUUGUUGGUAGAAAAUUCCAAGAACCAUUAAAAAGAUAUUUUGUUGAGCAGAAACAAAAGCUACAUGUUAAAUCGUCUAUGGAUGGAACAACUACAAUAUCAUGGCUGUUCGAUAAAUUUGUUACAGUAAUGGUUUGUUACUUCUUGGUGACGAUUAUUCAUGCACUAGCACGAAAUCAUCAUCGUAGACGGACAAAACCAUCUAUUGAUUAAAACUUAAGGGACAUAGGACAAUUAGAAAUAAAGUUUUAUUGCAACAUGUAGAUAAAUAUGAAUUGUUUUUAUGGCAAGAAAAAUAAGGUAUAAAUAUAAGAAAUAAGUUACAAUUUUCA